AUGACUGUGAAUGGAAAUAAUGUCAGCAGUCUCACUAGCCUCAGCAGCAUUGCGAACAAUGAUACCACUACUAUGACAAUCAUCAUGGUGGCUCAUCCUGGAGACCAUCUUGUUUUGAAUUAUCAAUACCCGCAAACAGCCUCGUGCUAUACUGCCAACGAUUGUACCAAAUUCAGUAAUGAAACACACUUUGGCAUCUAUGGAAACUCCUAUCAUUUUCAGUUGAAAGAGGUCAACAAGAACUCUACCUUUGUCUAUCAGCAAGAGAUUUUUAACAAUACUACUGCAAUCAUGGGAGAUCAUGAUGAUGAUGAUAAUGAUAGUAAUGGCUGCAAUGAUGAUGGUUCCUACACGAACGCCCGGACCUUUGUAGUCCACUCACUUCCUCUGCCACAAAAUCUGUACUGGCCAAUACAAAAUCCAGAUCGAGUUGGAAUGGUGGACCAUGGCCUCAUAUUUCUGAUGGCGGUGGGCACACUGGGCUUGAAGUCUCUGGCCUCACUCAAAUAG